GAAAAGAAAAGUGAUUCAUAUUUUAAGUGGAGUGUGGAGACUGGUGAGUGCUGAGAGGACGAAACGAGCUUCGUUUGUUCCUGAGCUCAGUCUCAUUCAGAAAUCAAUAGAGAAAUGAAUGAGUUAACUGAGGAUAUAGAGACUGAUGUGGUAAGAGCUAAUCCUACGAGUUCAGAUGUAAUUACAUGCGAAGAAAAAAAUGCAUAUACAGGAAAGAGUGUUCUAUAUUCCAUAGAAAGGAAGAAAUCUCUGCAAGCUCGCUAUGUUUAUGGUUUUAUAUUCUUGUUAACAAAUCUUAUUGCUUGGUUCUUCCGUGACUAUGGACAUAAGAUUCUCCCUGAGCUCCAUUAUAUAAAAGCUUGUGGAAAUGGAGGAAAUGAUUGUUUUCAUACUAUGGGGGUACUCCGUGUCAGUUUAGGAUGCUUCAUAUUUUUCUUGUUAAUGUUCUUGACAACAUGCAAAACCAGAAAGUUAUAUGGAACUCGCAAUAUAUGGCAUUCCAGAUGGUGGUCAUUGAAGUUUAUCCUGUUGAUGAUAUCACUGGCAGUACCAUUCUUCUUCCCUUUGUCUUUCAUUGAAUUAUAUGGUGAAGCUGCUCGCAUUGGUGCAGGGACCUUUCUCCUUCUUCAACUUAUAAGUGUGAUAGAAUUCAUAACGUGGUGGAAUAACUACUGGAUGCCUGAUCCAGAAAGGCAAAGCUGCUUCCUUGGAUUAAUCAUGUCAACCAUUUUUUACGUUGCUUCUAUAUGCGGAAUUCUGUUGAUGUACUUGCUGUAUGCCCCAAGGGCUUCAUGUACUCUCAAUAUAUUUUUCAUCACAUGGACUGCGAUAUUGCUUACUGUAAUGAUGGUUAUAUCACUUCAUUCAAAGGUUAAUAGAGGGCUUUUAUCUUCAGGGAUUAUGGCUUCAUACAUUGUCUUCCUUUGUUGGUCUGCUAUUAGAAGUGAACCUGCCUUUGAGAAAUGCAGCCCUCAAAAGGAGAUUCCUGGAAAAAGUGACUGGACAACUGUACUUGGCUUCCUAAUUGCAAUUUGUGCAAUCGUCAUGGCAACUUUUUCCACUGGAAUAGACUCAGAAUCCUUUCGGUUUCGCAAGGAUGAAGUUCAAGGGGAAGAUGAUAUCCCAUAUAAGUAUGGGUUCUUCCACUUCAUAUUUUCAAUGGGGUCCAUGUAUUUUGGCAUGUUAUUUGUCAGCUGGCAGCUUGAUCAUUCAACCAGGAAAUGGAGCAUUGAUGUUGGCUGGGCUAGUACAUGGGUGAAAAUUAUCAACGAGUGGUUUGCAGCUACUAUAUACUUGUGGAAAUUGAUCUCCCCUGUUGUAAUGCAAAACAGAAUCAUAGAUCAUGAAGAUCAAAUGCAGCAUACAAUUGAAACAACUUGACUGUAAAUGCCAUAUGAGGUACUAGUCAGUCCUUGGUCUCAGCUUUCUACUUAAAUCAAAGGCAAAAUGUAGCUUCUGUUAUUAUUUAAAUUCUUUAUUAUUUACAGGAAUGCCUAUUUUCAAGUUGGUGUAAGAUCCUAAUAAGGGUUAAAAUGUCAUUAUUAACAUAUCAAGCAACCUGAAUAAAAUAUUGUUUUAUGAUAUUUCCUCAUUUUCAUAAUCUAUGUUGCCACUGAUGGAAGUCAAAUAUCUUCCGGGCCUUGAGCAUGGUUCAUUUUUUGGUGUAAUGGUGAAAUUUCAGUCUGGCAAGUGAGACAGUGAGAAAGCAGGUUUGAGUCUGAGAGAAGUCAAUUUGCGCCAAAAAAUGCCAAAGCUUGGAUCCCUACCCAGUCCACCCCAUCUAAGGCCCCAGAUGGCAUUGGGUAAUGAACUUGAGUAUAGUCCAGUUCUUCUCUUCAUGUAAAUGAAAGCUGAAUCAGUAUCCUCUUAGAAGAACCUGUAAAAAAUGUUAGCCCUCAGUCCAUUAAACUGCAAUAUGAGCUAGCAUGGUAACACAAAUAGUUAUUUUGGCUCAAGUGUUCACUGGAUUARUUCUGUUCAUUAGAAUUGAAUUAUGACAGAUUGGAAGUUGGAACCAACUGAAGGCUCAGUGCAUGCCAAAAUAAUUUUUGAUUGCUUGGCKUCUUUCUUAAACAAAAUCAAGUUGUGGAAGGCUCCAUUUUGUCUAUUCAGUAUUCCUGCAAGCUGUACUACUCAUGAACCAAAUGUGUU